CAGGGGGACUUGAGGUCACUGAUCCCAUCUGUACCUCCUUCCUCUCCUCAGGGCUAAAAGAAAGCAAGGAGGAAGCACCAGCCUCCCCAAACUGGGCAACCUUCCUGGAAAGAUGCAGCCUCUCCUGCUCCUGCUGGCCUUUUUACUGUCCCCUGGGGCAGAGGCAGGGGAGAUCAUCGGGCGACAUAAGGCCAGGCCCCACUCUUGUCCCUACAUGGCAUUCGUUCAAUUUCUGGUUGAAGAGAAAAAUCACAGGUGUGGCGGUGUCCUCGUGCGACAGGACAUUGUUCUGACGGCUGCUCACUGCUGGGGAAGCUCAAUCAAGGUGACUCUGGGGGCCCACAACAUCCAGAAGCAGGAGAGGACCCAGCAGGUCAUCCCUGUGAAGAAAGCCAUCCCCCACCCAGACUAUAAUCCUAAGAACCUCGCCAACGACAUCAUGUUACUAAAGCUGGAGAGAGAGGCCAAGCUGACUGCAGCUGUGAGGACCCUCAGCCUUCCCUGGGGCACAGGCCAGGUGAGGCCUGGAGAGAUGUGCCACGUGGCAGGCUGGGGGAGAGUCACCCCAAAUGGCAUAGCACCAGACACUCUGCAGGAGGUGGAGCUGACCGUGCAGCAGGACCGGGUGUGCGAAUCCUACUUACGCAAUUACAACAGUAACACUCAGCUGUGUGUGGGGGAUCCGAAGCAAAAGAAGUCUUCCUUUAAGGGGGACUCCGGGGGUCCUCUCAUGUGUGAGAACAUGAUCCAGGGCAUUGUCUCCUAUGGACAAAACAAUGGGAAACCUCCACGGGCCUUCACGAAAGUUUCGAGUUUCCUGCCCUGGAUAAAGGAAACCAUGAAAAACCUCUCACUCUGGGAAUGAGCCAAUCUUCUCUGGAACUGAUCCAGGAACACCCAGCAACUAAAUAAAUGUCUCUGAGCUGA